ACACACAUACAUAUAUAUAAAUAUAUAUAUGUAUAGUCUGCUAUUGCCUGAAGUUGCUUUCGUCUGAAGCUUUAUGCAGUUUCGACUUAAGCAUGGGUCUGGAUUUCUAUGAUAAACUCCACAUUCAAAUUGCUUGGAAAUUAAGGCAACAGAAUCGCUUUUUUAACCCAAGAUGUGAUGAAGCGAUUCUUGCAGCAGAAAAAGUUAAAAGAUAUGCAAGGCUUCACCCAGGCGAAGAAAUACCUUCGUAUAUUCGCCGGAGAAGGAGAAAUAUAUAUGAACUAUUACCCCAUCCACCGAUACUCGCACACAGAUUAUAUAAGAGACCAUUACAUAAAAUACAACCGUUAAAACAAGAUCUUAAGUAUCCUCACCUUCAGAGACGUAGACGUCUCUCAAUAAAAAGCGAACAGCUGAAAACAACAUUGUUGCAAAAUUGCGAUAUCCGACCGUACUAUUUAAAUGAUUUUGAAAAGAAUGAACAAUUUUACCAGAAUGUGUUUCCUCUACUUGGUGAAUGGAAUAAGGACAACGAGUGCUCUUUUGUACAAUAUACAGAGGAAAGUAUUGAAAGGAAAACGAGCGAAGACCAGAAAAUAUUCUGGAAAAAGGCAAAAGCAUCGCAACAAAAGUACAGCAAUAAGCUAGAUAAAAUGUUGAAUCAGUUGAUGGACGAAAAACUAGUGAUUUCAAAGACUAAUCUCUCUUCAGAUGUGUUUUAUCCCUGGAAAUGGAAAACAAAAUAAAGAUAGCAACAACAUUAUUACCAACAACAAAUAUAGCAAGAAGAAAAACAAGAUGUAAAGGACAUUAAAGAGAGGCCAUACAAAUGUAUAUGGGGUGGGAAAGACGAGUUACACAAAGACGAAGGGAGGCUGAAGUAUAAGAAAACAUUGAUUAAAACAAGAUAUCUAUAUAU